AUGCGAGAUCUCCAAGCGGUCCAAAACGACGUUCUUCCAGUACCACUCCAGCCAUGGAAGAUGACCUCGCGGGCCUUUGAACGUGUUCAUUUGGACUUUGCAACCAAGUCGGGAACCAACCUGUUUGUUUUGGUUGACAGUUUUUCUAAAUGGGUUGAGGUCCUGCCCAUGUCUUCCACAACCACACCCCAGACAGUCGAGAAACUUAUGGCUGUCUUCACGCAGUUUGGACUACCCGAAGAAGUGGUGACUGAUGGAGGCCCCCAGUUUCGAAGUGAAGAGUUCAAGAACUUCUUGAAGGAUCAAGGAGUGGUGCACACCAUGACGCCACCCUACCACCCGGCUUCGAAUGGCGCCGCGGAGAGGGCUUUGCAAACAGUCAAGCGAGCGCUGCUCAAGCAAGUACUUGAAGACGACCUCCAAGGGAAGAGAAGGAAUAUCCAGGAGAAGUUGUCGUGUUUCCUACUUGCCUACAGGACGACACCACACACAAAUACUGGAAAGGCACCUGCAGAGCUCUUCCUGGGAUGGCUUCCGCGGACCCGGCUGUCGCAGCUCAAGCCAGGUGCAACGUCCCUUCCACGAAGAGAGAAGAAAAACAAGAAAAAGGAGCUGGCUGACAAGGGCAGAGGUCCAACGAAACUCUUUCAAGUGGGCAACAGAGUUUGGGUCAGAAAUAUUGGUGGACUGGCCUUGCUGAAGAAAUUUGGACGAAUGCUACUGUAUCCUUUCAUGUUUACAGGAGUUUAA